AUGAGCUUCGCCGUAGAAGUGCCCGGCGAGGCGAAUCCUCUGACGUUGGAAGACCUGUGCCGAGCGUUGCAGUCGGCCACCUCGAACGAUACCACCCAGAGACAAGCUGCCGGGCAGCAACUCUCGGCUUGGGAGCAGGCACCGGGCUACUACUCUUCCUUACAAGGCGUCUAUCUCGACAAGUCUGCUCCCAACAAUGUCCGCUUUUUGGCCAUCAUCACGCUCAAGAAUGGCAUCGACAGGUACUGGAGAAUGUAUUCUCAGUCCAAAAGUGGGCUGAAACCGGAAGAAAAGGACUUGAUCCGCUCUCGGCUCCUCCAGGGCACCGUUGACGAACAAGAGCGCACCUUGGCCAUGCAUAACGCGCUCGUGAUAGCCAAGGUCGUCAGAAUAGACUACCCGACUGAUUGGCCCGGUGCUCUGCCGAGCAUCAUUGGCCUUCUACGCUCUACAAAGGAUGGGAAUCAGCAGCAGUUAUUCGGCACCCUUCAAAUCCUCCUCCGAGUGGUCAAGGAGCUGGGCACGGCUCGCUUGCGAAAGUCGCAAACUGCGUUGCAAUCGGUCACGCCCGAAAUCGUAUACGUCUUGAGCGAAAUCUACGCAGAAAAGUCCGCUUCAUGGCUCUCAUUCCUCACCAGCAACCAGGGGUCGGAGAGUCACGUCAGCAUAGCCAUGCUCAAUAGUUUGUUCACGCUCAAGACUCUUCGACGUCUUGUCAUUUCCGGAUACGAGAAACCACAUAGCGAUGAAUCUGUCCAAAAAUUCUGGACCCUGUCGCAAGACCAGUUUGGCCAACUUCUCGGCUUUGUCGGCCAAGACGCAGCUGUUCCGUCUACGUACAAGGAUGUCGUGGGGAAGCAUCUCCUCCAGUUCACAAAGCUGCACAUCAACAUGGCCGACAGGCACGCGGCAAGCUUUUCCCUCUUGCCCAACUCUCUUCCACUCGUCCAUGCCUACUGGGAUUUGGUGUCAAAGUUUGCCGACGUCUUUGACACAUCUGGCGGGAUACGUCAUGGUUCAGGAGACGGUGACGCGUCCAAAGCCAAGACCGAGGGCCCCCUGCAGGAACGUCUGGCGUUGAAGGGCUUAAUCAUACUUCGAACCUGUGUCAGGAUAGCCUUCUACCCUCAGCAGACAUUCAAGUAUCGCUCCCCAGAGACCAAGCUGGAGCAAGAACGGGCCAGGGCCACCAUCAAGACGGAGCUGCUGAAGGACGACCUGGUCAUUUCAAUGGUCAACUGCAUAAUCACUCACCUUUUCCUGUUUAGGCGCUCGGAUCUAGAGGCAUGGGAGGAAGACCCUGAAGAAUGGGAACAGCAAGAACAAAGUGAGGGGAGCGCUUACGAAUGGGAGGUUCGCCCGUGCGCGGAGAAGCUCUUUUUGGACUUGCUCACCAACUUCAAGCAGCUAAUCAUCCCUCCUUUGCUGUCUUAUUUCCAAACCGCGCAAUCACCCCAGUCUGACAUUGCCACCAAAGAGGCGGUAUACACAGCCAUGGGUCUAGCUGCUGCUCACGUCGCCGACGUGUUUGACUUUGAUGCUCUGCUGUCGUCAACGAUUGCAAAUGAUGCACGGCAACAGGGAGGCCUUUACAAGGUCCUGCGGAGACGCAUAGCCAUUCUCAUCAGCCAAUGGGCGCCGGUCAAGUUGGCAGAUAGCAGCAGACCCUUGGUCUACCAGAUCUUCCAGCACUUCCUGAAUCCGAAUGACGAGACAAACGACUUGGUGGUGCGGAUAACCGCGGCAAGACAGCUCCGAUGGAUCGCGGACGAGCUGGACUUUAGCGUGGAGGCGUUCCUGCCCUACACGUCCGAUGUGCUGUCUCAGCUCAUUCACCUGAUUGAGAGUUCGGAUAUUGACGAAGCAAAGCUGGCUAUUCUCGAAUCCGUCCGAAUACUGGUCACGCGUAUGGAGGAGCAAGUGUCACAGUUUGGCGACCUGCUGAUGUCGGCGCUCCCCAGGAUAUGGCAGAACUCUGCCGCGGAGGAGUACAUGAUCAAGCAAGCCGUCAUAGCCAUAUUUGCAGCGCUGGUCAUGAGCAUGGGCCACACCUCCCAGCGGUACCAAAGCUUCAUGAUACCUCUGCUCUCGGAGGCGGCGAGACCGGGAUCCGAUCUCCAUGUCCACCUCAUUGACGAGUCGCUCGAGCUGUGGAACGCGAUUCUCAUGCAGAGCAAGACACCACUUGCGCCCGAGGUGGUCGAGCUGGCACACAUGGCGCUCCCUCUGCUGGAAUACCAGCAAGAAACGGCAGCGCAAGCUCUCGCCGCCAUCGAGUCCUACAUCGUAAUUGCUCCUUCGUCCAUGCUGGAAGACGGGCUGCGCCGGCAGGUCUUGUCGGCGCUGGCAGGCACGCUCGACUCCAACAGCCGAGAGCAGGUCCGCCUGGGUACGGUCUGUGUCGAGCACCUCAUCCGGGCCGCCACUGAGCUGGGCGGGUCCAAGGGCAUCUCGGUCGUGAUCCAAGACAUGCUCGAGACGGGCUUCCUGAGCAAGAUCAUGGCCAACCUCCACGAGGCCUGGGAAGCGCACCAGACCACCGGCCCCAACAGAAAGAUCAGCAGGCUCAACGCCGUCACGGAAGGAGACUACCUCGCGAUCCUGUCGCGGUUGGCGCUGGCCGAGCCCAGCAUCUUCGCGCAGAUGCUCGACGCGUUCGGCGGCCCGGACCAAGUCUGGCCCUGGCUCUCGUCGGAGUGGUUCUCCCACGGCCGGUCCAUGGACCACACGGAGCGGCAAAAGCUGUACCUGCUCGGCCUCACCAGGCUCCUGGAGCUGCCCCCGCCGGUGCAGGAGCUCGCGCUGGCCAAGCUCCAGGACUACUUUGACCUGUGGACCGUGGUGAUCCUCGAGGUGCAAGAGGGCGUCCUGGGCGGGCGCGACGCCCUCGUGUGGGACGAGGUGCAGCCGACCGAGUACGACACCCCCAAGACCCUGGCGGAGCAGCAGUCCGCGGCCAGGGACCCGGUCCACGCCGUCCCGACGUUUGAGUUUGUCAGUGCCAGGCUGCGGGACCUUGUUGCCAGGGUGGGCGGCGAGGCCGCGUUCGAGGAGCAGUGGGCCGUGAACGUGGACAAGGACGUCCUGGCAAACUUUCGAACGGUGGUGGCCAGCGCGUCGAGACGGUGA